AUGUCUAACACGGAUGAAACCUCCGUCUAUUCGGAUGAAUACGAUUACGAGGAAUUUUCAACCUUGUCGGAGGAGGAUCGAGUGAAAAAAUCAGGCGAAUUGAAGGCUGAAGGCAAUAACCAGGCCAAACAGCUCUACACCCAAGCCAUCAAGCUGGAUCCGACUGUCACAGCUUUAUACAGCAAUCGUGCCAUGUGUGAGCUCAAGAUGGAGCAGCAUGGCCUUGCAAUCGCUGAUGCAAGCAAGGCUAUCGAGCUGGAUCCAUCCUUCGCCAAGGCAUAUUACCGUCGGGCCAGCGCCCAUUUGUCGAUCCUCGACCCCAAGGCUGCUCUCCCUGAUCUCAAAAUGGUACUCAAAAUCGAGCCACGGAAUGCACAGGUCAAGGCCCAAUUGGAUGCGACAGUGAAGCUAGUGCGUCGGCUGGAAUUUGAGCGAGCAAUCCGUGUGGAAGAGGGUACGCCUCCUAGCAAAACUGUGGAAGAGUACCUGGAGCAAAGCAUCAGUGGUGCCGCUGUGCCAGCCGACUACACAGGCCCGCGUCUUCCCGUCGAAGCAUCGGACGGCCAAGUAAUCUCCCCUGCUGUCGAAGACAAAUCCUACUUGGGCCGCAUUGACGAUGCUUUCAUUGAUCGCAUGCUGGAACAUUUUAAAGCUGGAAAUCGAUUGCCCAAUGGUAUCGCCUGGUCCAUCAUUCUUGGUGCACUUCGCGCUUUCCGGGCGGAACCCACCAUGGUGGAAUAUGAGGUGCCCCAAGGCACGACGAUCGAGGUUGUGGGUGACACUCAUGGCCAGUUCUACGACUUUUUGCACCUCCUCGAACUCACAGGUCGGCCCUCGGCAAACCACGCGGUUCUCUACAAUGGUGACUUUGUUGACCGUGGCUCGUGGUCCGUGGAGAUCGCACUUACAAUCUUCGCGUUUAAGUGGCUAUACCCCAAGACGACACUGGUGAACCGUGGUAACCACGAAACCAGCGAUAUGAACAAGGUGUAUGGGUUUGAGGGCGAAUGCAAGGCCAAAUUCGGUGGUGAAAUGACCUUUAAGCUGUUUACCGAGGCCUUUGUGGCCAUUCCCCUUGCUACACUGGUGUGCCCCACUAGCGCGCCUCUGACGGCUGAUCAACUACCCGAGCAUGCGAGCAAAAGUCUGGCUCAAACCUCAGCGAUCGUGCAUAAGGAUACUGGCUUCAAGCGCUUCUUUGUAGUGCAUGGUGGUCUCUUCAGCAAAGAUAACGUCACACUCGAUGAUAUCCAGGCUAUUGAUCGCUUUGCGAAGAAGCAGCCAGGUCAAGAGGGUCUUAUGAUGGAAUUGCUUUGGAGUGAUCCACAAGCAACACCAGGCCGUGGCCCGAGCAAGCGUGGCGUGGGUCUCGGCUUUGGCCCGGACAUCACCCGUACAUGGUGUGAACUCAAUGGCAUCACGUCGGUGCUGCGUAGCCAUGAGGUGCGUCAGAACGGCUACGCAGAGGAGCACGAAGGCUUAUGCUGUACUGUUUUCUCUGCUCCAAACUACUGCGACUCUGCAGGCAACCUGGGUGCCUUUGCUCACAUUGACGCUCAAGGCACGCUGUACUGGACUACCUUUUCGGCUCAGCCCCAUCCAGAUAUCCGCCCUAUGGCCUAUGCAGGUGGUAUGGGCGGUCUUGUAGCAUAA